AGUUUGUGUCUAUAAAUAGAACAAAUAGUAUAAAAAUGAAAUUUAACUAUCAUAUAUUGAAUGUGUUGUAUUGUUUUCUUCCCUAUGCUGAAUACAUAUUAAAAAAUUCUUGAAUGCUUAGUAAUUUUUGGUAAUUGGCAUCAUUGUUCGAUAAUGUCAAUUUUCAGUCGAUAUAUCUAAAAUUUCUUAAACAAUAAUAAUUGUUUAUUUUCUAGAUAAUAAAAUGAAAUGUUUAUAAAAGUUUGUAGGUCUUAUUGUUUAUUAAAUUAUACGUGUUUCUGAAAUUACUGUAGUGCAGUACGCGUUUUAUAUCGUCCUGUGAAGUGCUUUACUUUUUUUGUUUAACGAAUUGUUUUUGUGGGUUUAACAAACAGUUUAUAGACAAUGCAAUAAGUUUGAUUGGAGUUUUUUCAUAAAGGAUUGUUAAGUGGUUACUUAAAUUUGGAUGGGGCUUGUUUUGCCCCCUGAUUACUGCUCUGGCUCCUACUUCAAAUCCUGUAUAUCCAGAAGGGGUCCUGGACAUGACCGCUACGGAGAAUACAAUCCGUUUCAGUGUCCACACCCUGGACAAAGCCACCAAAGCAAAAGUCACUCUAGAAAAUUAUUACAGUAACUUAGUAGCCCAACAUGUAGAGCGAAAACAAAGGUUAGCAAAAUUAGAAGAAUCCUUAAAGGACGAUAGUCUCUCUGAGGAACAAAAAAUGGAAAAGAGACUGCAACACGCCCAAAAAGAAACCGAAUUUCUUAGAUUAAAACGAUCUCGAUUAGGCGUCGAAGACUUCGAACCACUCAAAGUGAUAGGUAGAGGGGCGUUCGGAGAAGUUAGAUUAGUUCAGAAAAAAGACACCGGUCAUGUUUACGCGAUGAAAAUCCUCAGAAAGGCAGACAUGUUAGAAAAAGAACAGGUUGCCCAUGUCAGAGCGGAACGUGAUAUCUUAGUUGAAGCCGAUCAUCAAUGGGUGGUGAAGAUGUAUUAUAGUUUUCAAGAUCCUAUUAAUUUAUAUUUAAUAAUGGAAUUUCUACCUGGCGGUGAUAUGAUGACUCUCCUAAUGAAAAAAGACACAUUAUCAGAAGAGUGUACGCAAUUCUAUAUCAGUGAAACGGCCCUCGCCAUCGAUUCUAUACAUAAACUCGGUUUUAUACACAGAGACAUUAAACCCGAUAAUUUAUUACUCGAUGCCAAAGGGCAUCUAAAAUUAUCCGAUUUCGGUUUGUGUACCGGUUUAAAGAAAUCCCACAGGACGGAUUUUUACAGAGACUUAAGUCAAGCGAAACCUUCGGAUUUUAUCAUUACCUCGAGUCCUAUGGAUAGUAAACGAAGGGCGGAAAGUUGGAAAAAAAAUAGGAGAGCUCUAGCUUAUAGUACCGUCGGAACGCCGGAUUAUAUAGCCCCCGAAGUAUUUAUGCAAACGGGAUACGGACCAGCUUGCGAUUGGUGGUCGUUAGGAGUUAUUAUGUACGAAAUGUUGAUCGGUUAUCCGCCAUUUUGUUCGGAAAAUCCUCAAGAUACGUAUACGAAAGUGAUGAAUUGGAGGGAUACGUUGGUGUUUCCAGCCGAGGUACCUAUCUCCGAAGAGGCCAAAGAUACAAUUAUCAAAUUCUGUUGUGAAGCGGACAGAAGACUAGGAUCUCAAAAAGGUUUAGAAGACCUAAAAUUAAAUCAGUUCUAUCGUGGUGUGGAUUGGGAACAUAUUAGAGAAAGGCCGGCUGCCAUACCGGUAGAAGUUAAAUCUAUAGACGAUACGUCAAACUUUGACGAUUUUCCCGAUGUCAAACUUGAAAUUCCUUCUGCUCCUCUGACUCAAGACGGCGAAGUCAGCUACAAAGAUUGGGUUUUCAUAAACUACACAUUCAAAAGGUUCGAGGGUCUCACACAAAGGGGCACGCCGACGAAGAAAUAGUUGUUUGUUAAUAAAUUUUACCACAAGAAUGAUAUGGAUAGGCAUUUGAAUGCCAGGCACUUAUUUUUAGAAAAUAAAACUAAUCCAGAGAUGUUUAUAUAUUGAAUCUAUAGUACCGUCUUAAAAUAAUUCAAUUAUGAAAAAAGCAAAUUAUAUUUCGAUUCUAAUGAUAUCGAUACAAAAACAAAACUUUAUUUUGCUUUUGUUUGUAGAUUUUAAAUAUAUUAUUUUUUUCUAUUUGUAAGAUAUUGUUUUCUAAAAAUAAGAUUAUUUCGUGUAACAUAUAGGUCUGAAGCAGUUUUGCACUGUUUUCGCUUUUUGAAGAGCUGUGAAAACUGUACCUUGCAUUGUAGUCGAAACUAUGUUAUAAUUUUAAAAUGCCUUCGUUACUGAUUCAGAAAAUCCUCCUACUCGCUUUACCCAUAUUUCCCAACACAUUCCCUAUCUCCAAUAUGUAACUUAUUCUGGUCCUUCGAGCCGGAAAUUACGCUAUAUUACACUAUUUGAUCCUUCCAGUCGGAAAUAAAGACUCAAAAAACCAAAUGGUGUAAUUAGAGCAGUUUAUUGACCUUUAAGUUCAAUUCUUCUAAGUUUCUGGUAGAAAAAAAAGUUGUUGCAUCUAUUAAUCAUAUUUUCUUCUUAGUUUAUUCAAGUUAGAAGAGUUAACUUUUAAUUAUAUUGUUCUAGGAAUCGUUGAUGAUACUCACAUUGAAUAAACUGUACCACAUUAACACUUAAAAUAACACUGUUGGUCGUACGAGCCGGAAAUGAAGCUAAAUUACACUAUUUGGUUCUUUGAGCCGGUAAUAAAGCCACCAAAGACCGAAUAGUGUACUUACAACAGUUUAUUCAGAUUAUAAUUUCCUUCUGUACGUUUCUGGUAGAAAAAUAUUUUUAACUUCAAUGUACCAUAUUUUUUCAUAGUUUCAUCAGGUUGGAAGUGUUAUCUCUUUAUUAUGUUGUUUUAGAAAUCGUUGGUGAUACUUAUAUUGAAUGAACUGUACUACAGUAAUACUUAAAAUUACACUGUCUGGUCUUUUGAGCCGGAAAUGAAGCUAAAUUACACUAUCUAGUUCUUCGAGCCAGAAAUAAAGCCUCUAAAGACCAAAUAGUGUACUUAUAGCAGUUUAUUCAGAUGAAAGUUGCCUUUUUGUACGUUUCUGGUUGAUAUUGUACAUCAAUAAUCACAUGUUCGUAUGUACAGGCUACCCAUUCUUUCGAAUUUAUGGAGCUCCAAUAUCGUUUGUUUUGUCUGUUACAAGGCAUUUUGUUUUUGAAAAAUGAGUUUUUCACCUCUGCCAAUUUGGUUCAGUGAUUAUUCAGUUCUUCUUCUCUCUGAGCGAUUAGUAAAUUCUAAAGUAUUCAUACAAGUCGUCUAACGGAGUUUAAAAGCAUCGUUCUCAUCUUUCGAUCCAUUUUAGGCGACUUACUAAUCUGUAAGGAUUUUUGCAUACUUGUAGUGUCCCUGAACGUGUCUACUCCCCAAAAAAAUCAAUUUCCGAUUAAGUAGACAACUUGUAGAAGCGAUAUUGAUAUAAUUUGCAAUGUUGUAAUUCAUCUUUCUCUGGGAAUAAUUUCUACACAAGGAUCCUUUUUGAAGUGCACUAAAAUAUUUAUACAAUUUGUCUUUAGCUUCAAAAGAGACUUCAGUUUUAUUGAUAACCUCUUCAUCGUUACAAAAUUUCUGUCCAGCGAUCAUCCCUUCUGAGAACAGGAAAAAGUCACUUAGUACUAGAUCUGUAUAAUACGUUGCACACUGAUGCAAUUUUUUGAUGCAUUACAGAACUUACUUAUUCUUCAAAUGGGACUGUAUUUCUGUGAUUUCGUCCUUUAAAUGCUUUAAUAAUGAUAAUUUGUUUCCCUUUUUAAGAGAUUGGUGGAUAUUAUACCAUGCAAAUCACAACAUACCUAUGUCAUUACCUUGCCUGUCGACUUUUGUGUUUCUUCAAGCUCUUGAAUCGGUUCAUCAUGAGCUUUCCACUUAUCUGACCGUUGAUUUUUUUUGAUAUUUUCGUAGGUAACCAUUUUUUUUGGAACUUCCAUUGGGCGCAUUUCGCUUCCUUUAAACUUAGUAAACCACUUCUCAUCGGCUGAUUUUCCUGGAGCUAUUUCAGAAUAAUAUUUAUUAAGUCGUGUCUUGGCUUGAAAAGUAUUUUUUUCAUUUUUUUCAAAUUAAUAAAUGUUGAGUUCCUCAAAAGGUUAUAACUUACAAACUAAUAGUACAAGGGAUGUCAAAUUUAUACAUGUGUCUUUUGAAGGUUAAGGCUAAUUGGAAAUCAUGUGGGUUUAAUAUUAAUAGCACCAUCUAUGUAUCAAUCUGAUACAUAUUUUUAACUAGAGCUGAAAGCGAGUGGGAUUUAUUUUAUUAUGGAAAAACAUGUUAACUUUAUGGAUAAAAGUGAUUCAUUUAAUUAAUUACAUUUAAACCAUACAAAGGCCAAUUUAUAUUUUUCCUCAAUUUUUAAAUUGGAAAAAAGAAAUUACCUCUCAAUUCCACAGUUCCAAAAUUUUCUUUAGUCUUUUCAUAUUUGGGUAUAAAAUUUUGAAAAAAGUUUUCAUUGGAACUUUCAAGAGAAUAAUUCAUAUGAUUUACUAUUUGUAGAAAUUUAUUUGUGAAAUUUUAUUUAAAAAAUUGUAAAAUGAAUUGUUUCGAGUUCGAUGCAAGCUUUUUACUUUUGUGUAUAUGUUAAUUUUUUGUUCAUUGUUACAAAGUGAUACUUUUUAUUAUUUUAAAUUUUUGUUUUUAACUUAUAGAAAUCAUAUUUUGAUGGCUAGUGUUUUAGCCGAUAAAUAUUUUGUAUUAGCUUGAUUCCUGAUGAUGAAGGUCAAUGUUAAAACUAAACGAUCGAUUUAACUGAAUACUAAAAUAUAAAAAUAUCCACGACGGAUAUUAUAAUAUGAAAUUCAACGGGGACGUAUUCAACAAUUCUGAACAAAAUCCAAUGUAUUCAGUUAAUUCGAUGAACUCACUAUUUUAAGCACCACGUCUGUCUGCUUCUGUCAGUGAGAUCAUUAUUUUAAAGAUGGUAGUUUUGAAAUAAUUAAGAGCAGUUACAAGUAUAGUAUAUCGAUAAAAAAAUAGGUUAAGUUCUCAUCUGUCUAAAAUUUUUGUAAAACGCUUGUCCUUGAUUACAAAAGAUAAUCCCCAAAAGAAUUUUUACGAAUGAAGCUUGCUUCGUUUGCCCACAUUUUACUAAAUAUCUUCGAUGAUAUUGAUUUCGAGUAAAAAGUUUUUAACAAAAAAAUGAAUCCCAUGAAAAGCUCUACAAACAGGAUAUAUACAUUUUUGAUGUAAACCUAUUAUUUUGACUGCUAUGACCCAAAAUAGGUUACGUUAGUCAAUUUAAAUCCUGUCAAGAUAUUUUGGAACAUAACAGCGAAAAUCAAAAUCUUCGAAGAUAAUAUUGUUUGAGGAAGGCACACGAAUCUUUGUUGGGAUUAUCUUUUCCAAUUAAUCACAAUCUCUGGCUAAAAUUUUCUUAUUAGGAAAUGAUAAUCACUCAAAUUUUGGAAUAUGUGGUAUUAUCUCUUUAAAUGGCAUUGGUUGUAUUGAAGAAACAGUUAAAAUAUUGCUUUGACCAAAUCAUAAAGAAUUUAUUCAAAUGGUAAGGAAUUAUAUCAUCCCCAGUGGUCUUAAGCUUCAACUGUUGCACAUUUUCUUUUUUUUGUCAUUUUCCUUUGGAAAUAAGUUUUAUUAGGAUCAUGGCUCUUCUUGUAACGAUUAUACUAAGUGUCAUCUACAAUUCGAGGAUUACAUCAUCUUCAUCAAAUCAUAACAAUUUAUUCGAAUGGUAAGGAGUUACAUGGUCUUAAGGUAUAACAGGCUCUAACUGUUGCACAUUGUCCUUCCUAUAAAAAAUCCUUGAUCUCCGACUUGAUCCUUUGUUUUAAUCUUCGACGUAAAAUUUAGCAUCUAGAUGGCAAAAUUCUAAGUGCACCAAUCCUCUGAUGACAAAAAAGAUAUAAUUUUGGACUCCCUCAUUAUUGUCAUUUUAAGUUUUGAGAACUGACAGUCUACCACUCAGCGCUCUACUUUCUACCGGAACAUCUUGACCUACUGGGAUUUUCAGAGAAUCUUCCCCAAGGAUUUUUGCGAAAGCCUCCAUUGACGUUUUCUUGAGUCUCACGUUCUAUCGAUUUUUCUAUCCUGACUUCGACCGUGCUCCGAGAGAAACGUGCAUUAAUCUAAGCGUCCUGUCAUUUCAGAUGCUCUGAACUCACUGCGGCCCUUCUACCUAACCCUAAGCUCAUAUACCUUAAUACUACUUAAUAUCCAUCUACCAAUUAAAUUAUUGUUUAUUUAAGAAACGACUAGUCUAGCUGAAACUGCUCUAUAUUAAUUACUCUAUAUUAAUAGUUCAAAUUACAUUCACUUUUGUAGUACAACGUCGUUGUUUAAAUUGCUAGGUGUAAUUUUUGAAUGUGUUAGAAGACGUAUUGUAGGCAUUUGACUGUUGGAACAGCCGCUGAUAUGGCGAAUAGUUAAGUAAAGUGAGCUCUCUAUGUAAGGCCCGCAAACUGGUUGUACUACUUUUCCAUAACUUUACAGAAGAAUCUAUACUUAAGAAUUGAAUGUGUACUACUGUUUUGUAGUUGGUCUCGCUAACAGGAUUUGUACAUAAAAUUAUUUCCAGAAAUGUGUAUAACUAAAAACAAUUAAAGUCUUUUGUGCUUCAAAAAAAAA